AUGUCAUCACAUUCUUCUUCAUCUAAAGACCGUUUGGCCUCUAUCACCGCUCACAUCUCUGCUCCACCCCCGACCCCGAUGGCUUCUUCUUUCGAUGCGGUGCCUUUGGCACCUACUGAUCCACUUUUUGGACUCAUGGCCGCUUACAAAGCGGAUACAUUCGAUAGAAAGGUGGAUUUGGGUGUUGGGGCUUACAGAGAUGAUAAUGCGAAGCCAUGGAUUUUACCAGUUGUCAAGAAGGCAGAGUCCAUUUUAGCAAAUGAUCCGAACCUAAACCACGAAUAUCUUCCUAUUGCUGGACUCCCAACCUUCACCUCCGCUGCAGCACGUUUGAUCCUUGGCUCUGAUAGUCCUGCUAUCGUAGAGAAUCGUGUAACCUCUGUGCAAACCAUUUCCGGUACAGGUGCAGUUCACCUUGGUGCCCUUUUCCUUGCCAAAUUCUUUCCUCGCCCCCAAGACCAAAAGGUCCUCAUCUCCAACCCUACCUGGGCCAAUCACCCCCAAAUUUUCUCUAAUGUCGGUCUGGCAUCAACAACAUAUCCGUAUUUUCACCCUUCUACCAAAGGGCUUGACUUCGACGGUCUAUGCAGCAGUUUGGAAUCAUCCCCGGAGGGCUCGGUUGUUCUUCUUCAUGCUUGCGCCCACAACCCUACUGGUGUAGACCCCACAAAAGAGCAAUGGAAAAGGAUUGCUGAGGUAAUACGGCAAAAGAAACAUUUCCCCUUCUUCGAUUGUGCUUACCAAGGCUUCGCUUCUGGGGAUCUUGAUAAUGAUGCCUGGGCUAUCCGUUACUUUGUGGAGGAAGGGUUUGAGCUUUGUGUGGCCCAAUCUUUCGCAAAGAACCUUGGUCUUUAUGGCGAACGUGCUGGAUGCUUCCAUUUCGUUUCGCCACCAUCACCAAAUGCGCAGGAUGGAAUCAAAAGGAUUGCGAGUCAGUUAGCAAUUCUCCAGAGGAGUGAAAUCAGUAACCCCCCUGCAUAUGGCGCAAGGAUUGCAAACCUAGUCUUAAACGAUGAGAAGUUGUUCGCCGAGUGGUGUGAGAAUUUGUCCGAGAUGAGUGGGAGGAUCAAGAGCAUGAGGACUGCUCUACACGACAAAUUGGUUGAACUAGGCACGCCGGGCGACUGGUCUCACAUCUUGAAACAGAUUGGGAUGUUUUCAUUCACUGGCUUGAAUGAGAAGCAAGUUUUGAAGCUUAGAGAAGAAUCUCACAUUUAUCUUACCAAGAAUGGAAGGAUUUCAAUGGCUGGGCUAAAUACUCACAAUGUUGAAUACUUUGCGACUGCCGUUGAUAAAGUAGUCAGGGAGGUGUAA